AUGGCCGCCGACGCCGCAACCGCAGCCCGGGACGGGCAGACGGCCCUCGCGCUCCGCCUCGCCAAGCACCUCGCGCCCCAGGCUCCUGGCGGCGCUGAGGACUCCUUCGCCACCACCACCGCCGCCAACAAGAACGUCGCGUUCUCGCCGUUGUCCGUGCACGCGGCGCUGGCACUGACCGCCGUGGGCGCGCAUGGCGCCACGCUGGCGCAGCUGCUCGCCAUCCUCGGCGCACCAUCGGCCGAGGGACUCGCCGACUUCGGCCGCCGCGUCGCGGACCGCGUCCUCGCCAACCGCUCCGGCGCCGGUGGGCCACACGUGCUCUUCGGCGGAGGCGUCUAG